AUGUCUCUGAGUUUUACUUCGCCUGCUGCCUUUCAGGCGGGACCUGGAGCAUCACCAGUGCUUCCUCAAGGCCAUGGGAGGCAUGCGCCGCACGCAAGCCCCUUCUGCGGGACAUGUACAACACUGGUGCAGAGAGCGGGCCUCGGCGUGGCCGUGGGGCUUAGCGCCCAUGCGGUCGCCCGGAGACGUGGAGAACGGAGCAUGAACUCCGCGCUGAUGAGUCGAGGGGACCAGGAGGAAUCCCCAGAUGUGAAGACAUCGGUUGAUGUGGACGUUUCAUCGGACCAAAGUUUGCGAAGACGGUUGGAGGCAUCCGCAGCACUGGAACAACCAGCAGCACUACCGUUCCUGCCUCAGCCAAAGUAUCGCGAGUUCAUCGUCAACGUUCCAGGUGAUGCAGGAUUUGAUCCCGCCAGUCUCGCAAGAGACUUGGCGACCUUUAGAUGGAUGCAAGAGGCUGAGUUGAAGCAUUCGCGCAUCGCCAUGGUUUCGGUGCUGCUUUGGCCCUUGUCAGAGCUCGACUCCGUCCUUGCUGAGACCCAAGGCCUGGUUCCAGGCGAUUUCCCCUUCGGUUUGGCGCUGGCCGUGGGAGCUAUGGCCAUUGCAGUGCCUGAGAUGUCCAAGACGCCUGAGUCGCCACCGGGAUUUUACGGCUUCGACCCUUUAAACCUGAAGGACGUCGAAAUGCCCAUGUCAUGCUGGCUUCCAAAGGGACGACGCUGGAUGGCAGAAGCAGAACUCAAACAUGGACGGGUGGCGAUGAUGGCGUGCUUGAUCUUUGCAUGCUUGGAGCUCUCAACCAAGGUUCCCAUCGUGCGACAUGCACCAUUCCAAUGA